AACCUUUUGCUCACCUAGUCCCGGUCCCUGAAGAUGUCGUUCCCCUCCGUGCGCUCUGUUCACUGCUCUAUUCAUCUUACAGGACCUUUCCCUUUUCAGCCAAUCACGGGCCGCAGUGGUGUAAAGCCUGUGAUUGGCUGAAGGGGAAAGGACUUGUUCUGCAGCAAAUACACUAGGUUUGAAAUCUGCCGGCAAACCUAAUGUAUUUGCUGCAGGACAAGAAGGUGACAAGGUAUUAUGACUGUAAAGCAACCGUCCUGCGUAAAAUAAAAAAACACAAGAAAUUCAGGAAGUGGGAGCAGGAGUUCCGGAACCAUCUCCUGCCAGAGGGUCGGAGUGAGACAGGCCUUGGUGGUCCUCAUAUGUUGCCUGAGUCCGAGAGUGCUGGCGAUCAACCAGGUCCAUCUGCAGGGAGGAUGGUCCACCAUCAAAACUUGCCCCAAUCACCUGUCCUGUCCUCAGCACCGGCUGAGAUAGAUGUGGAGGAGGAGGUGUCCCCAGGUGAACAACACCAACCACUCUCCCCAACCCUAGCUCCUGGCUCUGUCCCAAGGGAUACUUACAUGCAGCUUGUUAAAGAAAUCCAAAGGCUGGCCAAGGAGAACAGGAACAUGUUGCGCGAAUUGCGCCGGAUGAAUCGCACCAUGCUUGAACUCCACCGGUCGCAAAAACAAGAGUUCCAAGCCCUGUUGGCAAAACAAAUGGGAGAAUUUCAGGCCAUGUUGUCCCACCAUAGCCAACAGAUGCAGGCGAUGCAUGAUUUUAGGGUGGACGCUGUGUCUGCUAUUGCCAGCUCUCAGAGGUUGCUUGACCCCAUAAGCAGCAGCAGCAGCAAUACCCCCCAAAAAAACUGAAAUAUACGGGACUAAAUUAUUUUGCCUUGUGGAUAUGUUUCAGUUGUUGUUCUGUUUAAGAUA